AACAGAAUAUUGUUGGAUGGGUGUUCAGUAUUAAAUGUUUAAUUCUUUGAUUAAUUACUUUUAUUUGUACGUUUCCGUUAAACUCUCUAUUAAAAAAAACUCCGCUGAGGUCAAAAGUUUGGAAACAUGAGGUUUGAAAUUCUUGCAAAGAUCAAUUAAUAUUAAAAUGGAAAAUUGUGCAAAACAAUAGAAAUAAUUAAAUACAGAGUUAUAUUGCAAAUCGAGUUUUGCAUGGCCUUUUAUUUUGCUCAAUAAAAUACUUAUUCUGGAAAAACGGGUGAGGGACUGAACUGACAAUUUCAUACAAGUUACUAGUCCAUCUAUACUUUAAUCAAAAGGUAUGCACGUUUCGAAAACAAUAUGUCAAAUCUCUUGAAGUUGAACAACUCAGUGGCGUUCCUGUAAAACUUUAGAUACAUAAACUAUUUGUAUAUUCCAGGAUAAAAGCAAAAUGCAUUAUAACAUGAAUGUCAAGUGUUAUUCUCAAGUAAGGUGUUUUGUGUGCUUCUCUAUGUUUAUCUGUGUUGUAACAUCCCACAGUAUGAAUGAUUCAAAGAAAUUGCUUCAUGAUAAAAUGCUUACAUACGAGAAGACUUUUAGACCAGUAGAGAACCAGUCCGAGCCACUAGAGGUAUUUAUUGGUUUUGAACUUGUUUCAAUUCAAGAAUUCAACGAGGUAAAGGAAAAACUUUCAGUAGCUACAAUUAUAAGAGCUUAUUGGAUAGACGAAUAUAUGGCAUGGGAUCCGGCAGAUUAUGGAGGUCUUGAUCAAUUAGUCAUUGAAAGCGACAAUGUUUGGACACCGAAUUUAGCUUUAGUAAACACUGUUGAAAAACUGGAGAAGAUAGGUGAUGCUUGGCAACUCAUUCGCUUUACACCGAACGGAUUUGCUCAUUAUUUUCCUGGAGACGUUUUAUCUGCGGCAUGUCAAGUUGAUGUUACUUACUAUCCCUGGGACAGACAUAAAUGUAGUUUUUCUUUUGCCCCAUGGGCACAGAGUGAAACCGAAAUAAUCUUUAGUCCGUUUGGAGAUAAAGUGUUUACAACAUACUUUUCAGAAAAUGGGAUAUGGCAUUUUUACAAUUCAAGCAUUGAGUAUACUCCAGGGAGCGUCUUUAUAGAUUUUACUCUUUAUCUCAAACGGAAACCUAUGUUUGUUCUCCUAAAUGUCGUUUUGCCUAUAAUCUUUAUGGCCUUUUUAAAUACAGUGGUGUUCGCUAUUCCAGUUGAAAGUGGUGAACGGAUUACUUACAGCAUCACGGUUCUCCUGGCACUUGCUGUUUUUCUUACCUUCGUUGGUGACAACCUCCCCAAAACGUCAAGUCCUAUGUCUUUGUUCGGAUAUUACCUAUUGAUAGUUCUUAUCAUAAGCAUGGGUAUCACACUUGCAACAAUAUUCAAUAUGCGCUUAUAUCACAAAGAUGAAAACAUACCUAUUCCUGACUGGAUUGUACGCUUUGUUAUGUGCUUACAAUGUGAAUGUAGCAAUGUACUAAACAAACGAAAGUGCAGUUCAUUAGAAUGCAAAAAGGAAACAAUGGACACAGAAAGCGAACAUCGUUCGAAGAAUGAAAAUGCCGAAGAUAGUUUAAAUGGAAGAAAAACAAAGUUAGAAAAUAAAAAUGAUUCGAAAAUUAUAUGGAGGGAUGUCAGUUCUGCGUUCGAUAAGAUUUUCUUUGUCUUUUGCUUCAUUACAGUAUCGGUGGCAACCAUUUGGUUUUUCAUAAAAGUUUCCGGAAACAACGGAAAUGACUUUCAUGAUUAAAAUAAAGAAAAAAGAAAGAAAGGAAAAACCCAAAAACCCAACUAAUAAAUACUUGCAUAAAUACAUUAAUUCUCUAAGCAAACAUUAAAAUGAUCUUUAUACACAUAUACAAGCAAGCGUCGAUGGCGGAAUUAUGCCCUAUGCAAUAUAACCAUGCGGAAAUAUUAUAUUAAUAUUGAAACAAUAAUAUUGUCGGACAAAGUAUAUCAUUGCUAUCAUACCAUCGUUGUUUUAGUGUAGUUUGAUAUUUCUUUCUAUCGUUAAUGUUUAAGAGGUAAUAAAAAUUGCAUGUUUAAUAGC